GUUUCCUAGAAAGUUGUAUCAGUGUGGCCAUGCAACGCUAAGACGUUUCGCCUGCUCGAACCACGAAUGCGUGCCGGAGGAAGUAGCGUGGUGGUUGUGAGAUUUCACCCCGAAGACGCCGCGGAACCCGCACCCCUCAAGAGCUUUUUGGGGGGUUUGCUGUUAGCGGGGAGCUCUGUCCCCCUCCGGCUGCAGGUUUAAGGAGGUGCCGGAGCAGGGAGUGCGAGACAUGGAUCUGGCACCCUGCUAUGCCAGGGCAUUUCAUACUUCGCCCCCAUCGUCUGGGUGGGUACCGAGGGGCGCCCACAGUUCCUUGCAAUAAGAGAAGGAGAGGGAAAUUGAUCGGGACGAGCUCCCUCAGAAGAGAAAGAGGGAGAUCUCUUUGGAAACAUGGAGCUGCUGUGCUGCGAGGUGGAUCCCAUGAGGAGAGCUCUGCCUGACCCGAACUUGCUCUACGAUGACCGCGUUUUGCACAACUUACUAACCAUAGAGGAAAGGUAUCUGCCCCAAUGCUCCUACUUCAAGUGCGUCCAGAAGGACAUCCAGCCCUUCAUGAGGAGGAUGGUGGCCACUUGGAUGCUGGAGGUCUGCGAAGAGCAGAAGUGCGAAGAAGAAGUUUUCCCUCUGGCCAUGAAUUACUUGGACAGAUUCUUAGCUGUGGUGCCCACUCGGAAGUGCCAUCUGCAGCUGCUGGGGGCGGUGUGCAUGUUCCUGGCCUCCAAGCUGAAAGAGACAAUCCCCCUCACAGCCGAGAAGCUGUGCAUAUACACGGACAAUUCUAUCAAACCCCAAGAGCUGCUGGAAUGGGAGCUGGUGGUGCUGGGGAAGUUGAAGUGGAACCUUGCCGCCGUCACCCCACACGAUUUCAUUGAACACAUCCUAAGGAAGGUGCCUCUCCCUAAAGACAAGUUGCUUUUGAUCCGGAAGCAUGCACAAACCUUCAUCGCCCUUUGUGCCACAGAUUUUAACUUUGCCAUGUACCCACCAUCAAUGAUAGCAACUGGAAGUGUGGGAGCAGCCAUCUGUGGCCUUCAGCUCGAUGAUGGGGACAGCCUCACGGACCUCCUGGCCAAGAUCACAAACACAGAUGUGGACUGCCUUAAAGCUUGUCAAGAACAGAUCGAGGCAGUGCUCGUGAACAGUCUGCAGCAAGUCCGGCAGCAGCAGCAGCAGAGCAACCCCUCCAAGGCAGUGGAUGAACUGGACCAGGCCAGCACUCCCACAGAUGUGAGAGACAUCAACCUGUGAGGACAUCGGCACACAAAGUCACGCUUGCUCCCCCAGACCCUUUAUUUUUGUUAUUAUUUUUAGAGUGAAAUUUUUUUAAUCUGCUCCCACAUAGAACAUAUUUAAAGCUCUUUUAGGUAUAAAGAAAAACAAAAAAAAAGUACAAAAACUGAAUAAUGAAAAAAAAAAAGCGUUUGGUGCCUGUGAUGUUCUACAGAAGGGAAUCCCACGAUAUAUUUGGUAAUUGCUAUUUGAUUAUGUAUCAGUGAUAUUAAAUGCUUAUAAAAGCAUACAAAGUAGCUAGAUCAAUGUAAGCCUGCAUUUGUGGGAACAAAGUAGAGUAUACUUGUCUGUGUAUUAUGAACUAGUGCAUACACCCCUUUUUUAGAUUUAAGAAAGGAAUCGUGUGUGCGAUUUUAUGGCUUGACUAGAUUGCAAAGCAAUAGAAUAAGGGGUUUAGGGCAAAGUGGGAAAAGAUCCCUGAAGCAAUUGAACCAUUUUGAAUGCAGAAGAGAUUUGCUGAUCUGUCACCUCUGUUAUUAGUCAGAAGUGUUUGUUGGAUCUCUGUAUGUUAGUUUUGUUUACUCUUGCUGUCUGUGGUAGCUGCUACCUAAGAAAGAAAUGCUUUAUUUUACCAGCCAGAAGAGCAGGUGUCUUUUGGGCUUUUUUUUUAGUUGAUUUAUUUUUCUUUUUUUUUUUUUCCAACUUCCCCUCUACCCGUCUUGACUUUUUAUCUACUUUUCCUUCCGAAAUGGUUCAUUCUAAACACAGCAGCAUCUUUGGCAUGAGGGCGAUUCCUUUUACCCAGCCGUGGGCCGAGCCAAAGUUCCCAAGUGUUCACGGUCAGAGGGGGGAAUGCACGCAUUAAUCCCAACCUGUUGGCUGGGCAGACCACCUCCAGCCUUUGGAUUGCAAGAUGUGGUGGAUCAUCUAGGAAAAGCAAUAUAUUCCUUUACAGUGCUAAUGCUUCACAUCCAUGUUAACGUCUGGCAACUUCUUAGCUUGGCCACAAAGACAUUUAAAUGAUGCUCUGUCCAUCUUCCUUUGUAAUAGCCCCUCACUGUGCUAAAGAAGAUGAGGUUUGGUUUGCUCCCUCAUCUCUCUUUUCCCCCACUCCCCCUGCACACUUUUUCAGCAUUUUGUUAACUUUAUUGAUCCACAGUGAGUGUUUUUGUAAACCAUUUCAUUCGCAAAGCACUUUGAAAAUUGUUCCUAAGGGAUUAAAUGAGAUGGUUUAUGACAAUUUUGCAGAGGAAAGAAAAAACAAAAAAAAAAAAAAAAAAGAGAAAAAAAGAAAAAAAAAAGAAAAAAAAAGAGAAAGAAAUCACAAAAGCAAGGCUUUGUAUAGCUUUUUAUAGUCAAUAUUUUCCAGUAUCUGGUGUACUCGGUUAGUUGUGGUGUUGCUGGAAAUACCAACACCCGCUUCAGAUGACAUUCCUGUCAUGACAUUCCGGAUAAAAGCCUGACCAUCUGUAUUGUUCAGUGUCACAGAAGGAUCUUAAUACCACCUGCAUGUUUAUCUAUGGACAAGGAAAGAAAAUUGCUGGUGCAACAGCCAUGGUGGUAAACAUCGAGGUGCGUGACUUGGAGUUUUAUUACAAAGGUGUAUUCAGUGUACUUGAAUUUAUUUUCCUGCUCCACCUGUAACGAAGAGGCAUUUAGAUGGCAAAGGAGUUGGAGCAACUUUUGAGUUUUUUUGGUUCUGUUUUUCUGGUUUUGUUUUGUUGUUUUGUUUUUUUUUUUUUUGCACAAUUGUAUUAACAGUUUGCAGAUAUCCAAUAUGAAGCUGUUGGUUGAAAUGUUUAUGUUCGCAUUUUUAACACAAAAAUCCAGAAAGAACAUGCUACUUUGAAGAAUAUUAUAUGUAUGGACUCAGCCUAUUUGGCUAGAUGAGGGUAGAAAAUGGAGUAAGGUUCUAAGGUUUUGAUGUUUUUUUGGUUUUGGGGGGUUUUUUGGUUUUGUUUUUUUUUUUUUUUUGCGCUGCUAAGAAGCUAUGAUUUGUUUCAUUCUUAUUCACAUUAACAGUACUUAGCUGUAUUGUUUCACUGAGUGUGCUGCUAUUUUAUAAACAUUUUUAUAAUAUAUUAUUUUACUGCUUAAAUUUCAAAUCCUGAAGUAGAUGGUUAAGUGGAGAUAUGAUGAGUUCUUUGAUUUACUGGAAAUGCCCUGUACAGGUUUUUUUUCCCCCCUAAUAGCGUGUUCAUGAUUAUUUUUUUUAUUUUAUUUUUUCUUUCUUUCUUCCUCCUUUUUUUUUUUUUUAUUCUCCUUCCUUCCUGAUCACAUCCUGCAAAGAUGGUAUACUUACCUCAGGUUUGCUGGACAAGAAAUGGUUCCCAUUUUCACAAUACCUCACACAGUGACAGUUUGGUUGCCCUGGGGCCCACCCAGGAGAGGUUGCAAGCAGCCGAGGCGGGGCACUGGCUCCUUUUUGGUCUCUGGUAUCCUUUUCAUAGUGGAAAAAAUGCAUUGACUCUCCACUGGUGAGCAGGUCUGUUCUCCCCAAAGCUGCUGCUGGGCACAGCCUUGGCCUCACCUCCCACCUCGACAUUCUGCAUUGGGAGCACCUGGAAUUCUGCAGCGGUGUCUCUGUCCUGAAGGAAAAAUGUAGCUGAUGUUGUGGAAGCAAGACUGCAGAGCCACACACAGAUCAGAUUAGAUCAGGUCAGAUCAUUCCUUGGCAGCCCUGCCCCGUGGCUUCACAGGGUGCUGUGCCAGAGGGUCCUGAUGGUGGCGUGAGCUCUCUGAGUGCUGGCACCAUGUCCAUCGUAUUGGCGUGAUUUGCUCCGUGCCAUAGGCCAGGUGUAGGCAGGACCUGUGUUUAGGGUGCCUGCUCCUGCUCUUCAUCCAGCUUCCUUCACACCCCACUCCCACAGCAGCCACGGGAUCACAGGGAUGAUCCCUGCAGAGGAUCACCAGUGAUUCCUGCCGUGGAACACAGGGAUGAUCCCUGCUGUGGAUCACUGGGGUGAUUCCUCUGCAGGGGUGACAUCACAGUGUCACCCCUCUGCAAAACUGAAGGGACAGGGGCUGAGGGCCACCUCCAUGGUCAGCUGCUCUACAGCAGGGUGGGGGCGAGCUGUGCUGGAAGGGGCAGCACCAUUCAGCAUUCCCAGUCUCCGCAGGGUCUUGGUGGGUCUGUGUGUGUCCCCACCAGGGUGAGGAGUGUCCUCGGCUGCAGUGACAUGCUCAGCAAGUGCCAACCCUCUGGUUACAGCAUACUGUAUGUUUGAAGGCUGCAAACCCUACAACUUCAGCGCUUUCACAGUAGCUUUCAGAAUAAAAUGACUGCCUAGUAGUCUCUUUUAACAGAUGUUAAAGGAAGUGUGUUGUUACUGCAAAUGAGGUGUGAGAUUCCCCCCCCCCUUGAAUUGCAGAAAUCCUCCCAACUGAUUGAUUAAAAAAUAAUAGAAAAUGUGUUGCUGAUUCUGCCUUCCCAAGUGCCAAAGGAUUGGUACAGUUGCUAAAAGCAUUUCUCUCUCAGCUUCCUAUUGAUGGUACUUGGAUGGUCUUCUCCUCCUUCCCGUUACUGUAGUGUAGGAGCACCUCAUAAUGUAUUUAUUUGUAUUUCCAACAUGCUUAUGAAAGAGAAGAAUACCAAUUAAUCCCAUGUCCAAUUAAUUCAAUGUCUAUGAUUUAUGCUUGAGUAGUCAGACAGCUCUUAAUUACUCAGCAAACUACCUGGCCACUGGAUUUUUUCCACUAUGUUUAUUACCAUGUUCUCAUGUACCUCAGAAAUCACUCUUGGUUGCACAGUUUCUGUUCUCAGACUUUUUUUGGGUUUUGUUUUGGUUUUUUUGGUGGUUAUUUUUUGGGGGGGUUUGUGUCUUUUUUUUUGCCUUUUUUUUUUUUCUUUUUUGAGUGUGAUGCCAUAUCAAGUCAACGUUAUUCUCUCACAAAUGUGCUCUUUAAGAGGUGUGGAUGUGGUCAGGGGAUGCUAGAAAGUGUGGUAGUAGACAUCAGUGUAAACAAAAGUAUUUAGAAAGUACAUGAGGUUGUUUUUGAUGGAUAAGACUCUGAUACGGUGUAGUCUUGAUUGCCUUUUAAAAGGUCUUUGUUCAGUGUUGUCAUUUUUAUUAAUAACCUAUUGUUUUGACUAGUUUAAAGAUGGUUCUAAGAAAAGUGUUUUGGCGGGAUUAGGUAUGCUGUAUGGACAAUAAACUCACCUUGACCUAAA